UAAAUUAUAAAGGGAAUAUUGGAAAAAGUAAGGAAAUAAAAACGUAAGAUAAUAAAUUAAAGAGACAGAAAUUUAUAGUGGUUCAUCCAUUAAUGAGGCCUCUGCACACUUUAGUCAAUAUUAUUAAGACUACAUUUAUCAACAAGCAAGAACAAUUACACUUAGUAAGAUUUAUGUUCUUGUGGUAGUUGAGAAUUUGAAUACACCGAGUAAUUGCUAUGUAUAGUAUAAACAGUUGUUAUCCCCAUUUCCUGCGUGGCCCCGGAACGACCGUCUAGACCCAUGGUCAGGGCAUUCAAAAUGUGGGCCCGACCCAAGGCCUCUUGGUACGGGAAUAUCCAAGGGGGCACGGGCCUAGUGCAAUUCUGGGCCAGACGGGGGUCCGGUAUGGUUAUCCGGGACAGUCAUCCGGGAGACAUGCAGACAGCUCGGACCCCCCCCCGGCGGUAUACGUGCCUGGUCCCGGAGCCUGGUAACGGUCCGGGCCUGUGGUAAAUGAAGAGGGACAAAGGUAAACGAAUCCGGAUCAGGUCGUCCCCGGUUGGUGGGAAAAGCGUCCAGGAUCGUGAAGCCGCCCCACUCCGCGUGGAUGUUGUCCCUACUUUUCACCUGCGGAAAAGGCCACCUCGGGAUUGCACGCCGUUGUUUCAGAUCUGCACUGCCAAGUACUCUGACUGGUCUUGUCCCCUGAAUUUGCCUCGUAACUCGAAGUGUCCAGACCAAAAGCACCGUUUUGUCGGGCGAAAUAUAGUUCUUGGGCCACCUUAUUGGGCCUUAAUUGGUCUGGAAUUUAUGUAUGUUUUAUCUUUUAUAUUGGGCUUCCACCCGAGAGGCCAAGAAUAUCCAUAUCUCUGAUGGGCCCGGGUCAUACCCGGCCCAGACCCAGUGUUCCCAUGAGCCUAUAAAUACGGGCAAUAGAACACUGGAAAAAGGAUCUCUCUUCGACUUGUAUACAGUUACUCUGUCAAAACAUAGAGAGAAACUCCAUUGUAAAAGACUUUCCAAGCUCUAAUACAACUGGCUCAUGGACUAAUGCUUAUUAACUCCCCAACCACGUAAAAAUCCUGUGUUAAUCCUCUAAAUUCCAUAUCAUUAGUCUUAGCUAAUAUUCAUUAGUAUAGUUUCCGAAAAUCUCGGUAAACAGUUUGGUGCUUUCAUUGAGAGCUGAAGAAAGCCAGUGCUAAAGUCAAUCCUUUACUACAAUGGUGAACACACGACACACCACUUUCGACCCUAGCAAUCCCGAACAGGGCAACGGAGACCCGCGACCUUCGCAGCAUCCCCCUCAGGAUCCGCCCGAGAACGCACCUCCUCAAGUAUCUCACCAUGAGGAGUCACAAGACUACGAAGGUGGGACAGAGUACGAAGAAGAGAAUGAGGAGUAUUACGAAGAGGAAAAUGAGGAGUACCACGACGAAGCUGCGGAUCCCGAGAUCCCAGAAGAAGAGCCCAACCAACAGGUUCUGGAGGUGACCAGACUGAGGCAGCAAGUUCUGGACCAGGAGGCUAGGAUCGCUGAGCAAGCGGAGGCGCAUUGGCGGAUGCAAGAGUCCCUUCAGGCCCUACAGGCAUUGAUAGCCGCGCAGGGUCCGACAGCCAAUCACGCGACUGACCCACUUCCAGGAGCGCAGCAACCCGCUCCACAGGCGUGAGCCGGGGUCCCCGAAGGGGCAAGCCCGGCCCCUCCCCAGGGAGAAAACGAAGGCAGGCGGAAAGACCCGAGAAAAGACCACCCCCAUCGCAAAUGCUGGGGCCCGUUCCCGACCGCUCCCUAGGAAAGAAAAGGUGCUCCCCGUCCCAGGUUGAGGCCACCCGAUCGAUCCGCAGGGGACGCGGCCGCGAAACGCGUAGCCCCGGCACGCCCCACGGCGAGACGGGCGGGAAAGAUCUUGUAACGCCCUGGAUAGCCAAGACCGUUACACUGUGUGUUUAUAAAGUGCCAGACUUGCUAAUCAAGUCAUUUACUUAAAAUCGUGUUACAGGAGCUACAAAGGAACUAGGGUUAAAAGCGUUUUGGUCUUGAAAGCCACACUUUUCAUCAAGAAACAUUAUCUGGUUACAUGGGAUCCCAAAAAUACAAGUUUAAAGAUCGUUUACAAAAGUUGUAAGACUGAGAUACAAUAACCAACCAUACUAAGGCAAAACAAGCGGUUAGGUAAUCCCUGUCCUGGACCACUCCUCGACCAUGGUGAUCGAACAACUGGCUAUGUACAUUACACCUCGGAGCUCUCCACCUCAGGCUUGGUCCAGCUUGCCCUUGCCUUUACCUGUACCACGUAGCACCCGUGAGCCAAGGCCCAGCAAGAAAACACAACAACAACAGAGCAUAAGCAUUUAACACUCAAGUCAAUAUCUCACAUUGCAUCACAUAGCCUCAGCCAAAUAACCACUCAAUAUAGUCAAGUAUUCCACAUAUUAAGCAUAUCAAUUCAUAACAUGCACAGUUUAUAACGAUAACCAGGGCUAGCGCUCACAGGCUGCUCCCUCUGUUAUCCCAGUGUUCAUGGCUCCCAGUGGCCAAGUCGCGCUCUGUGCGCUAAUAGUAUAUACGACACUCUUAGGCCGCUUUUACAUGUCCCAUGGCGUGAUACCAACAUUGACACGAUACAAUUCUCAGGAGCACUUAGUCCCAUCACAAUCAUAUAACCGGGUGCAGUUCUCUUACCUUUCAAUUCAAUAGCUUUGAUCCCUCGACACCUUGAACAUGAUCCCCCUCAAGCCCUAGCGCUCACCUAAACACAAUCAUGGCCAAAAUCAUCAUCAACCCUCAAGUUCAAAACCUAGUCCCGAGGCCAAUCCCGAGCUCCCGGGAAGUCCUAGUUCCACCAAACAAGGUGGUGGAACCAAACCCCAAACCUUAGGUCGAAAACCCUUGCAAAUAACCCAAAAAUCCCCUUCAGAAGGUAGGGUAGCGCUACAUCGCUCUUGGGAGGGUGCAACAGCGCUACAGACAGAAGCCAAAUUCCCCUCAGCACUAUGGCCUAGCGCUACAGCGCCCAAAGGCUAGCGCUGUAGCGCUAGUCACAGACAGCCCAGCACCAAAAUUUCUCUUCUGCGAUUUUCUCGAACCAACCUCAACCAAACCUCUUCCAACUCUUACCCAAACUUAAAAACAACUUCAUGAAAACACUCCACUCAUCUUAAGCACCCCAAACAUCUAAAACCCAAGCACAUGCAACCACAAACUCAGAAUUCACCAUAGUCACCUCUAAACUCUAAAACCCAACAAAAAACCAGCUGAACAUCAGAGUUAGAGCUUAGAAUUCAUACCUUUGAUAGGAUUUCGCCCACAAGCUAUCCCUAGGCUUCCUUGGCUUGCUACUCCUCAGCCUUAAGCCUGAAGUCCCCAAAGUUCCAUUCAAUUCAACUUAAAUACCACAACUCAAAAACCAGAAACAGAAAUGGAUGAACUGUAGAAUCUUACCUCAAGUGUUAAUGAAACCCUGCUAAACCUUUGCCAAUUCCUUAGUCUUAGGUCAAGAUCCUUGAUGUCUAGUUACCCCAGCUCUCCUCUGAGCUUUACUCCAAAAAUUCCUCAAGAAACAGAUGAAGAAAGCCUGAACCGACUUAGAGAAACUCUCUCUGUUUCUCCCUCUUUCUUUUCCCUUCCUUUUCCUUCUUUUUCAGACUUCUUUGAUAUUCUACAAAUUCAACUAAUAUAAAGCCUUAGUAUAAUCUAACUUCUGUAAAGCAAAUGACCACUAUGCCCUCCCUAUUAAUUCUAACCCUUUAGUCCACUUAAGGGCAUUUUAGUCAUUUUACCCAAUUCCCGCUAAUUCCUUGAGUGUCUCUAAUAUUUCCCGCUUAAUUCUCGAUACCUAAUUAAUCACCAGUAACAUCCCUCAAUAUCAAAAUAGACCCCAGUAUAUUCACUAAAUUCCCAUUUAUACCCCUGAGCUCACUAGGAUCGUCUCGAGUCAUAGAUCACAGAUUUAUCCACAUAAUAAUGUGGCCUCGUCAAUUAUCACAUAUAUCAAAGCAGUUAUGCCCAUAAUGGCCAAAAUUACGAUUAUGCCCUUCUAACAAUCUGGGCCUAUAUGCAUACUAACACACAUAGUCAUGCAUCUCAAAUACUCAAGUAAUCAUAUAACAUGCUUUAAAUCAUAAUCAUACAUCUUAAUCAUUAAAACCACACAUAAUUCCCAUUAUGCCCUCCAGGCACACUAAUCAAGGCCCUUAAGCCUUAUUAGCGAAUUUGGGUCGUUACAGAUCUUUGCACUCGAGUGCCUCGGUUAACAAGAACCGUCGGGAACGGCCUCGCAGCGAGGAACAUCAUGCCCUCAGUUUAGGGGACGAUAUGUCCCGGAUAGACUUACGCGAUGGACUGAACGCUCGGAAGGAGCGGGCCCGCAAGGAAAAGAUCCUUCGCCGAGGUGGCGACCUCAGAAACAACAUCAACGACAGGAGGAACAAAAGAAUCCCCCUAGAGGAUGGCACGGCCAGGCAGCUCAUGGAGCAGCUGGCCGCUCUGAAAAAGGUCAUGGAUCGUUUGGUCCGCAAGCAAGAAGGCGAGGACACUGACUCCGAUGAAGAGGAUAAAGAGCCCUGCGCGAGGCACAUCCUGGACGCCAUACUCCCCAAGGGGUUCAAGAUGCCAAGCCUCAUCGCCUAUACUGGAAACACCGACCCCAGGGACCAUCUGUCCCGAUACAACCGGCUCAUGACAGUGGCCCACGUCAGUGACGACGGCAAGUGCCUCUGCUUCUCGAUCACUUUGGGCGGUCCCGCCGAAGAGUGGUGGAAAAGACUUAAGCCGGGAUCCAUCCAAUCCUGGUCUGGGCUGCAGUCAGCGUUUCGCAAGCAGUUCGUGGCCACCAUGAGGAUGGACAUGCAGAUCAGCGCCCUCGCAAAUAUCAAACAACUCCCCACGGAGACACUGAGAGCCUACAUCCAGCGCUUCACUGAGGAAGCCUCCAAGACGAAAGUGGACGACGGACAGCGCCUGGUGGCGCUGCAGUCCGGAAUCCGGGCCAGGUCCCCCCUUUGGGAUGACAUGCAGCGUAGCAAGGCCGCUACCCUGGAAGAGUUCAUCAGGAGGGCCCAAGGAUUCAUCAACUGGGAGGAAGCUCAGAUUCAGGCUUUCGGAUGGCCUCCGGCUCCGCAGCCCGUUCCUCAGGCUUUCCUGGGAUAUGGGGGGCAGUUCCCAGCGCAGUCCUAUACCGCGCCCCCCAUUGCCCCGGGACCGCCCGUCGCGCCUGGGGUCAGCUACACUCCUACGGUGUAUGGCCCUGCCACUUCAGGGUAUGCCCCGGCCCAAUCCUCCCACUUCUCCGGGUAUGGCGUCGCGUCGGCAGGACACAACAUCGCCCCUAUCAGGCCCCAGCAGUCGCAGGCAGGAGCGACUGAGGCGAGCGUGAACCCCUCCCGGGGGAAGCGAUCUGGCAAAAGCCAGAACCGGCCCGAGCUGGUCAAAAAGGGAAAGAGGGGCUACGAACCCCAAUAUUCAGAAUACACCAAUCUGGUGGACACCAGGGAGAACAUCUACUUGGCCACAGAAAGGGCGGUUCACUACCGGAAGCCUAGCCCCAUGUUCAAAGGGGGAAGGAAUCCGAGGGACACCAGCAAAAGGUGCGCUUAUCAUAAGGAUGUGGGCCACACCACCGAAGAAUGCCGGAAGCUCAAGGAUGAGAUCGAAAAUCUCAUCAAGCUGGGGCACCUCCAGCAGUGGGUUAGGAUGCCCGUGGGAGUCCCGGGGCUUGUCGGCGGUCCCCGGGCAAACCACGGUCCCGGGAACGCCCCGGGCAUACCCCCCUCAGGGAGGAUAUGCACAGGGACCCACGGCGCAGGCCCCUCAGGGGGCCCCCGUCGCGCAGGUUCCCGGCCCUGGAACGCCUUACCCCUCCGGGAUGGCACCCCCUCGAGUUGACGGACAUGUGGCCACCAUCUCGGGCGGACCUCACCUAGGAGGACCGUCCAAGAAUGACCAAAAGUGCUACCUAAGCGAGCUAGACCACGAUCAGGAGGUGUGCGCCCUCGUCCAGGCCCCGGCUCAGCGCCCUAAAUUGAUGAACCUCCUCAUCACCUUCACGGAGGACGACGCCCGCAGUGUCCACUUUCCGCACCACAACCCGCUGGUCAUAGAUGCUCAAAUCGCCAACAAGUUGGUGUCCCGCGUGUUGGUGGAUGACGGGAGCUCCGUCAACCUGUUGUUCAAGCCCGCUUUCACCGCCAUUGGCUUGACUGAAGCGGAUCUGACAUCGUGCCCGACCCAAAUUUACGGCUUCAACGGAGAUGCACUUCUCCCCAUGGGAACGAUCCAGCUGCCCGUUACCCUGGGGAGUGAAUUGCAGCACUCGUUCAAGUUCUCCACCUUUGUAGUGGUGGACUGCCCCACCGCUUAUAACAUCAUCUUUGGCCGGCUCGCAUUAGUCGAGUUCGGAGCCAUCACCUCCAUCCGUCAUCUUUGCAUGAAGUUCCCAUGCGACAAUGGAGGGGUAGGGACUGUCCGGGGAGACCAGAAGAACGCCCGGAAGUGCUACCAUGUGUCGGCCCGGCCCAUAUACAUGAUCCGGGAAGAACCCGUUGAGGACUUCGUCGAACCGAUUCCCCCCCCCCCCCCUGCUGAGAGGAUGGUCCGGGAAGAAGAUGACCUGGACCCGCGAAUAGGGGAAGACCGUGUCCUGAAACCAAUGGACGAGAUAGAAGAGGUGUACAUCAGCGACACCGAUCCGACCCGGAUCAUCCAAGUCGGAAAAAGUCUGCCGGCAGACGUUCGGGCCGCCAUCAUCGCCCAAGUUAAGGGAAACCAGGAUAUCCUGGCCUGGUCUCACUCAAACAUGACUGGGAUCGACCGCAACAUCAUCUGCCACACGUUAAGUAUUGACCCAAACGCGACCCCGGUCCGCCAGAAACGCAGGCCUUUGGGGACGGAGAGGGCCGAGGCCCUUAAGCUGGAGGUUGAGAAGCUGUCUUCUAUCAACUUCAUACGCGAGGCUAUGUACCCCGUGUGGCUGGCCAAUCCCUUCUUGGUGCCGAAACCAAACGGGACAUGGAGAACGUGCAUCGACUUCAUGGACCUCAACAAAGCCUGCCCGAAAGACUGUUUCCUGCUGCCCCAGAUCGACCAAAUGGUGGAUGCUACAUCCGGGUAUGAGAUCUUGAGCUUCAUGGAUGCUUACUCCGGCUACAAUCAGAUCUCUAUGCACGUGGCAGAUUAGGAGCACACCAGCUUCCAAACCGACAAGGGAAUCUACUGCUACAUAGUCAUGCCCUUCGGACUGAAGAACGCCGGAACGACUUACCAAAGGCUCGUCAAUCGAAUUUUCCAGGCCCAGUUAGGGCGAAACAUGGAGGUCUACAUCGAUGACAUGCUAGUCAAGUCCAAGACGUCCGGGAACCAUUCGAAUGACCUGGCGGAGGCCUUCGCAGUCAUUCGGAAGUACAGGAUGAAGCUGAAUCCCAAAAAGUGUAUUUUGGCGUGGCCUCCGGGAAGUUCCUGGGCUUCAUAGUGAGUUUCCGGGGAAUAGAAGCCAAUCCAGAUAAGAUCAAGGCACUGAUUGAUAUGGCCUCUCCCCGGAAGUAUAAGGACGUACAAAGCCUGACGGGGCGAAUAGCUGCCUUGAGCCGCUUCGUUUCCAAAGCCACGGACAAGUGCAUCCCGUUCUUCAACGUCCUUUGGGGAAGCCGGCGUUUCUAAUGGUCAGCCGAAUGCGAAGAGGCCUUUCGUAAGCUGAAAGAACACUUGGCCUAAGCCUCAAUCCUAGCGAAACCGGUAGACGGGGAGCCUCUAUAUCUAUACCUGGCUGUGACCGAGCACGCGAUCAGCGCCGUGUUAGUACGGGAGGAAGAAAGGGCACAGCUCCCGGUAUACUAUGUAAGCAAGCGAUUGCUUGACGCUGAGUCUCGGUAUCCAUUGAUCGAAAAGCUGACAUUCUGCCUGCUGAUGGCAUCCCAAAAGCUUCGGCCUUAUUUUCAGGCCCACGCCAUAAAGGUCCUGACCAACCAUCCUCUGCGGCAAGUGUUACAGAAGCCCGAGUCAUCGGGAAGACUCUUGAAGUGGGCCAUGGAGCUCAAUCAGUUUGAUUUAUCCUACGUCCCUAGGGUGUCUAUCAAGGGGCAAGCUCUGGCCGAUUUCAUCGUUGAGUGUUCCGGGGUGUCUCAGGAAGACAGUAUUCCCGGGGCCCCCGCGGCACCCGUAUGGAAAGUCUUCGUGGACAGAGCCUCGAAUGAAAACGGGGCCUGGGCCGAGAUCAUCUUGGUAUCACCGCAGGGGCACCAGUUACAAAAUGCUCUCCAUUUCCACAUCAAGGCGUCGAAUAACGAGGCGGAGCAUGAAGCUGUCUUAGCCGGGCUGCGUUUGGCCCGGGAGGUAGGGGCAGCGAACUUGGAAAUCUACAGCGAUUCCCAGCUAGUUGUCAGACAAAUCUCGGGGGAAUAUCAAACUAAAGGAGAGAGAAUGGCGGCCUAUGUGACCCAGACGAGAGAAAUGCUACAGGCAUUCACAAAGCACUCCAUUCGCCAGAUCCCCCGAGAGCAAAAUGUCUUCGCGGAUACACUAGCGAAACUGGCCACUGACGCCGAGGCAUAGUUGGCCAGGCUGGUCCCCGUCAACCAUCUCCCCGUCCCAAGCAUCAGGGCCCCCGCAGUCCACACCGUCGAUCACUCCACGUCUUGGAUGGGACCGCUUAUCCGCUACCUGAUAGCCGGGGAGGUUCCAGCCGACCGGGCCGCAGCCAGGAAACUCCAGUAUCAAGUCCAUCGAUAUGUCAUGAUGGACGGAAAGCUCUAUCGCCGGGGUUUGUCCAUGCCUUACCUCAGGUGUGUGUCCGGGACUGAACUGAGCGCCAUCAUGCAUGAAGUGCACGAAGGUUUUUGCGGAGAUCACAGUGCCAGGCCCAGCCUAUCUAAGAAGAUCCUGCGCCAAGGAUACUUCUGGGCAACCAUGAAGAAAGACUGUAUUGACUAUGUCCGCAAGUGCGAACAGUGCCAGAGGUACGCGAAGGUCCCGCGGGCCCCCCCGACAGAAAUAACCUUGAUGACUAGCCCCUGGCCCUUCGCAGUGUGGGGGAUCGAUCUCGUCGGAUCCCUCCCGACCGGGAAGGGAGGGGUAAAGUAUGCCAUCGUGCCGUGGACUAUUACACGAAGUGGGUUGAGGCAGAGCCCAUGAACACAAUCACUUCCAAAAAGGCCUUAAAUUUCGUCAUCAAUAACAUAGUGUGUCGGUACGGCCUCCCCUACAAAAUCGUGUUCGAAAACAGGAAGCAGUUCGAUAGCUCCCACUUCACGGAUUUUUGCGAAAGGCACGGUAUCAUCAAGAGCUUCUCCGCGGUCGCCAGGCCCUAGGCAAACAGGCAGGCAGAAGCCGUGAACAAAAUCCUAAAGGGGACGUUGAAGAAAAAACUCCAGGUUUGCAAGAGCAAAUGGCCCGAGGAACUGCCCCGCGUACUAUGGGCUUACCGGACGACCGAGAGGACAUCAACCGGCCACACCCCCUACUCCAUGGUCUAUGGAUGCGAAGCCGUCAUCCCGAUCGAAACGACCAUCCCGUCCAACCGACGAGACACGUAUGACCCCGCCCAGAACCACGCCUUACUCCAAGAAUCACUAGAUCUCAUCGAAGAGAUCUGGGAGGAAUCGCAGGUGCAGCUAAAGAUGUACCAAGACAAGAUCGCACGACACUUCAACUCCAAAAUCAAGUGCCAAAAGUUUGGAACCGACGACUUGUUCUUGCGAAGAGUCUUCCCUGCUACUCAAGAUCCAGGAGUUGGGGUUCUGGGCCCAAAUUGGGAGGGGCCGUACGAGGUCUAGUACGAGGUGUGCUCCGGGACAUACCGCUUAAAGCGGCUCGAUGGCUCGGAAGUCCCGCGAGCCUGGAAUGCGAAGCAUCUCCGUAAAUACUAUCAGUAGUCGGGAGAGCGCGUUCCAAUUUAGUAUUUUCAUUGUAAACCGUGUACGCCUCAGGGCGACCCCCUUUGAAUAAUAAAAAUAGCGUGUACAAAACGUCAUAAAGAUAUGUUGUCAAAACAAUGAUAAUCUUUCUCAAGUGACCCCAGACCCGUCUUCGCUCACUUGCGGGGGGGUAUCCCGGGUAUAAGCAAAUACUUGGCGGGGUGCAAGCUCAGGCUAGUCCCGGCUCGGACCAACGAGGACCGAGUGACGCAAACCCCACGGUCCCACCCCGGACGAACGACGUCCGGGGGUAUAACUAAAGAGGACCGAGCCCAAGGCCGGUCCCACCCCGGAAGAACAAGUCCGGGGGUAUAAAGUUAAGAGGACCGAGCCCACCCUGGACGAACGACAUCCGGGGGAAUAACUAAAGAGGACCGAGCCUAAGGCCGGUCCCACCCCGAACGAACAAGUUCGGGGGUAUAAAGUUAAGAGGACCGAGCCCAAGGUCGGUCCCAACCCGGACGAACGAUGUCCGGGGGAAUAACUAAAGAGGACCGAGCCCAAGGUCGGUCCCACCCCGGACGAUCGAGGUCCGGGGUUAUAAAGAUAAGAGGGCCGAGCCCAAGGCCGGUCCCACCCCGGACGAACGAUGUCCGGAGGAUUAACUAAAGAGGACCGAGCCCAAGGCUGGUCCCACCCCGGACGAUCGAGGUCCGGGGGUAUAAAGUUAAGAGGACCGAGCCCAAGGCCGGUCCCACCCCGGACGAAUGAUGUCCGGGGGAAUAACUAAAGAGGACCGAGCCCAAGGCCGGUCCCACCCCGGACGAACGACGUCCGGGGGAAUAACUAAAGAGGACCGAGCCUAAGGCCGGUCCCACCCCGAACGAACAAGUUCGGGGGUAUAAAGUUAAGAGGACCGAGCCCAAGCCCGGUCCCACCCCGGACGAACGAUGUCCGGGGGAUUAACUAAAGAGGACCGAGCCCAAGGUCGGUCCCACCCCGGACGAUCGAGGUCCGGGAGUAUAAAGUUAAGAGGACCGAGCCCAAGGCCGGUCCCACCCCGGACGAACGAUGUCCGAGGGAAUAACUAAAGAGGACCGAGCCCAAGGCCGGUCCCACCCCGGACGAACAAUGUCCGGGGGUACAAAGUUAAGAGGACCGGGCCCAAGGCCGGUCCCACCCCGGACGACUGGUGUCCGGGGAUAUAUAAUUAUAAAGGACCGAGCCCAAGGCCGGUCCCACCCUGGACGAACAAUGUCCGGGGGUACAAAGUUAAGAGGACCGGGCCCAAGGCCGAUCCCACCCCAGACGACCGGUGUCCGGGGAUAUAUAAUUAUAAAGGACCGAGCCCAAGGCUCAUCCCGCUCCAGAUGAGUGGUGUCCGGGAAAAAGGAGCAUCCGGUAUGCCCCAGGGCAAAGCCAUGGCGUAUAACUGAUAAAGGAAGAACAAGGUUCCAGGUUAAACUAAGUCCCGGUGGCCCUGGCCUUAGAGCCAGGAUUAAAAACUCGGCGAGUUAAGUCGUUCGGUCUAGUCCAGGGCGUUGGAACCGGGACCAAACCCUCACAAUCAAUUAGUCGCGGCGACAAAAUGAAAUUUCUACUCGAGAUAACGAAAAGAAACCUAUAUAAAAACCGGAGAAAAUAACAGUGUUUUGAACUUAGUUACAAGUCAGAAUUACAAAGAAAAAAAAAAGAGAAGGGGGACAAGGCCGGGAUUCGGGACUAGACUUCAUCCGCCCGGAGCUCCACGUCCUCCUUCUCCUUGGCCUCGAACUCGGCCCGCUUUGACUCCGGAUCAGGGAAGACAAGGAGGUUCAUACUCUUGUCCUUGCACCAGGCCACGUAAAUGGCCUCAUCGAAGGUGACCUCCAGCAUGCCCUCGGCCUCCUCCUUUUGGCGGCGGGAUAUUUCGCGCGCCGCCUUCUCCUCAAGGAGAGAGUCGCCCAGUUCGCAUACCCGGACCUUCAAGGUCUGGAUCUCCUCCUUAUCCAGGACGGACUGAGUUGCGGCCGCCUCCAAAAGUGUUGCCCGCUCAUCAGCCUCCUUUGAUUUCCGGGACAACGCCUCUUCCAAUCCGGCCUUGGCGCGGUCGAACUCCUCACGUUCUGUCUGGGCACGGGCCAUCUCCCGGCCAAGGGCCUCCUUGGCGGCCUCCCUCUGAUUCACGGCCGCCUCCAGCUCCAACUUAGCCGUCUCCAUCUUCAUGGCUAGCUCGGCCACCAGAUCGGCACUCGAUGGGACAAUAGAUCAACCUGGAGCAAAGAAAAGUUAGGAAAAAUCCUCAUCAACAAGUAAGAGGGGGAAAAUAAGAGAUAAGUAAAAGUUACUGCUGUGGCCUGGUGGCGGAGCGCCUGGGAGAUGAAUAGCACGUCUGGGUUGGCUAUCGUGCCAUACCUCUUGAGCUGGAGGUUGGACAUGGUGUUCCCCACCUGGUCUAGCAGGUCAGCCGCCAGGGGGGCCGUGUCCUGUCCGAGUUUAGGGCGGAAGCCCAUUUCGGCGGCUGGCCGAUCCACGAUCGGCUGAGUGGCGCUGAACGUGGCCGGACGUUCUGCAAAUUCUACCUAACAGCGGGUUGUCAAGGCCUUGUACGUUUCGUCCCUCCAGCCCCGACCGUUUUCCCAGGUCCGGUUGAUCAGCUGGGACUGCUCAUCCCGCAAGGCGGACUCCCCCUCCUCGAGAAGAGUCGGACGUAUGGGGAGAACGGGCAGGGCGGGGACCUCCUUCGCGGCCAGCCGACUCUCACCGUGUGACUUGUCAGCCGAGCCAGCCCGCCUCGUCCGGGGCCUCUUCCCGGUGUUGGCCUCUUCGGCACCAGUGUCCAGGCCCCUUUUCCCAGAGCUUCGGCUGGCUGCUGCACCUGCCUCCAAGUCAAUUACCGGGUGUUGGGCGGGGGCGGAGACUGCAGCCUGCUCCACGACUUGAAUGGGGACCGUGGCCAGGGCUCCCCCACCGGGACGAAGCUCCGUCCCGGAUGCUUCCUUGUUGAGGCUGGGCUCCGGGCCCGUCACCUCGCUGUUUUUCCUGGCCGCCCUGUCCUUGAGGAGCCGCCUCAUUUCGCUGGCAGGAGUUGACAUAUCGGAGUCUCCUGUAAAAGAACAGAAAAAGGAGUUAGGAUGGCAAACCAAACAGAAACAAAAACACAUGUCAGAGCUAAUAAUGACCCGGGACGAACCCUCAUCUAUGCCCUGAGCGCGACUCAACUCCUCUAAAGCAAAUGAAUGGACUCGAUCCCCCAUGUGGUCCGGGUUCAGGAAAUUCCCGUACUGAAGGAACCCGGAUAAGAACAUAAGGACCUCCGAGCCUACGGGGACGGGGGUUGAAGGUCUCAUCUCCCCGUCGGCCCCGAACGCGGGGCCCGAGGGUACUAGCCUAUCCCUAGCUAAGUCCUCGACUUGGGGGGCAUAAGUUAGGAUUAAAGGGGAGUUACCUCGCCCCGAUACGCUAGCCCCGGGAGUCCCAGUGUUUGGUAGGGCGUCCUCGAAGAGCUCCUCCAGCUCCCUCGAAGUGGUCGCCUCCGUUGGGGCCUGGUCCUUCUUGCGCUGGGCUGCGUCGGCUCGCACUGCUUUCUCCACUCUGGCAAUGUGGUCUAAGGCCAACUGCUCCUGGAUGGCUAUGUUCUUCUCGCAGGCGAUGCCCCGAAGGUUCGGGAUGACGAUGGUUUGGGUGGCCGUGAGCAUCCCGACCAAUCGGAGGUUGUCUGUGUUAACAUAGCCGCCUACGUCCAAUUCAUCCGCGCUCAGUUUGGAGUAAAACUUCCUCCUUUCCAUAAUGAACUUGGUGAGGGGAGUUUGAGCAAAAGGCCCUGCCACCCGGGAGACAUGAUGAGAAACGAUGAAAAAGAAUGAAACAAAGAAAAAAAAGGGGACCAGGAAAGUACUUACCCACUCGCUGGAAGUCCAGCAGCAAUGUGGGGUUCUUCUCCACGAGGAACCCGGACUUCAUGAACCAGUAGCGACGGACGUCCGGGGGGUGCUUUCAGGAGCUGGUAGGAGCGGGGUAGCUAUUCCGCGGCUUCAGUUUGUAUAAGCUGUCCAGGGUUUUUUCCUUGACGUUGACCUGUGGCUCCAUCUUGUAGAAGUACAAGAUCUCCGCGGGGGUUGGCUCCGCAAUCUCCUUCGCAAUACAAAACACCCGCCAUCCAGCGAGUAGCCGGUACGCUUGAGGCAGAAGCUGGAGCGGACGUCAGGAACCGCACAAAGUAAUCGUGAAGCGGGAGCGUGGCUCCCACGCUAAUGUGGCCUGCGCUCCAGGCCCCAAAUCCCUCGACGGACGUGUGCGCCCGCUCCUUGAUCCUAGCCAUGUGAUUGUGGAGGAGUCCGGGAGUGGACUCUAUGCCCAGACUCUUCUCCAGGUGGUACAUCAUCCGGUAAUUCCGGAACAGGUUGGGCACCACGUCCAUUUCCCACCUAUUACCCUUGGGUGUCCGGGACCCAGAGAUGACGAUCGGGGCCGUGUUGACUUCUUCCUCAGAAUGGAGAGUAACGCCCGUGGCCAUAGUUGGUGAUCUAGGAACAAAGAAAGAAAGCCAAGCAGUCAGUACCUAAACCCAAGAAGGUCGGUUAAGGUACGAGGGGUAUCCUAAGGACUGCUUGGAGCCCCUUCGGAUCGGGUCCGGGAUUGCCAAGGAACCACGGGAUCCCGAUCGGGAACGGAAAAAGAGCUACCAAGGCUCCACCAUCUGUCCGGGAAGCAUCCGGAUACGGAGCAACCCGAACCAGGCGACCUUCCUAACAACUCUUAAACGUAAUCAAGGUCUAGCAGCCUAAACAUGCGAAUUAAAAGAAUAGCAUAAGUUCGUAUAUUUGUCAAGAGGGUCAAGAGGACUUACUGUGAGUUGUUGGCUGUAGAAGGUGGUGGUUGUCCGACUGUAAGAACGGCAAAACUUCAUUCUUGAAAUGGUGCAGCCGGUCCAGCAGUUCGUCGACAGGACAGGCUCAGGACGCGUCUUCAGGCAGAAGGGCAGAUGCUGGGGUUCUGGGGAACAGGCAACGUCGCAGAGUCAGCAGAAGAUGGUGUAUGCCAUCGGCGAUAUCGGACAUGCAAAGCUUAGGCAAAGCUUAUCGGUUCCUGAAAUGGCUCGAGAGUGUAAAAAUGUCAAAUUGGCGUUCGUGGGGUAUUUAUAAAGGCCCCAAAUCCUGGCCUCCGAUCCAACAGACAGGUGUCUCCCCAUCGGACGAUCCAGAAUCGUGCAGGGAUAUUUAUGAGCCCUCUCAGGUUGGAUCCUCGCCAUCUCAGAUCUAACAGCCCAGGAGGGGUGGAUGCCAAAGGUCGCCCCAUCCUACGGUCCACCUCAACCCAAGAGUAUUAAUGAUGGACCCCCGUGCGGAUGGGAUGCUUCGUGAUCUGUGCUGACACACUAGCCUAGGCCUAGCGACCCUUGAGAUGGAUAGGCGACCUUUCAAGAUCCGUGUAGCAAUCACCUGGUGACACAUGUACCCUUGCCACGAAGUGGGACUAAGGUAAAUGUACCCGGACACUGGUAAAUGGUCCGGGCCCAGCAUACGGCCAGCAUCAUUGCCCUCUGUCAUGGACCCACGAUCCCAAGCAGGAACUGGGAAGGCAACCGUGCGAGCAUCCGGGAGCAAUGCAAGCCUCCUCCUGGCGGGCCUAGGCGAAGGCUUGGGGGGUAAAUGUUAUCCCCAUUUCCUGCGUGGCCCCGGAACGAUCGUCCAGGCCCAUGGUCAGGGCAUUCAAAAUGUGGCCCUGGCCCAAGGCCUCUUGGUACGGGAAUAUCCAAGGGGGGACGGGCCUAGUGCAAUUCUGGGCCAAACUGAGGUUCGGUAUGGUUAUUCGGGACAGUCAUCCGGGAGACAUGCAGACAGCUCGGACCCCCCCCCCCCCCCCCGGCGGUAUACAUGCCUGGUCCCGGAGCCUGGUAACGGUCUGGGCCUGUGGUAAAUGAAGAGGGACAAAGGUAAACGAACCCGGAUCACGUCGUCUUCGGUUGGUGGGAAAAGCGUCCAGGACCGUGAAGCCGCCCCACUCCGCGUGGAUGUUGUCCCUACUUUUCACCUGCGGAAAAGGCCACCUCGGGAUUGCACACCGUUGUUUCAGAUCUGCACUACCAAGUACUCUGACUGGUCUUGUCCCCUGAAUCUGCCUCGUAACUCGAAGUGUCCAGACCAAAAGCACUGUUUUGUCGGGCGAAAUAUAGUUCUUGGGCCACCUUAUUGGGCCUUAAUUGGUCUGGAAUUUAUGUAUGUUUUAUCUUUUAUAUUGGGCUUCCACCCGAGAGGCCAAGAAUAUCCAUAUCUCUGAUGGGCCCGGGUCAUACCCGGCCCAGACCCAGUGUUCCCGUGAGCCUAUAAAUACGGGCAAUAGAACACUGGAAAAAGGAUCUCUCUUCGACUUGUAUACAGUUACUCUGUCAAAACAUAGAGAGAAACUCCAUUGUAAAAGACUUUCCAAGCUCUAAUACAACUGACUCGUGGACUAAGGCUUAUUAACGCCCCAACCACGUAAAAAUCCUGUGUUAAUCCUCUAAAUUCCAUAUCAUUAGUCUUAGCUAAUAUUCAUUAGUAUAGUUUUCGAAAAUCUCGGUAAACAACAGUCUCUAACUGUUUCAUCAUGUUCAUUACAAUAUUUAUAGUGGAAAAGAUGGGAAGAGUUGAUGGUGGAAAUUUAUUUCCCGAUUUGGCUGAUUCUCGAAAGUUGUUGGAAUGGUGCAAGUCUUUGUAUACACCAAAUGGAGUAAUGGAUUUUGUUUGUAUUAUUUACUUGUGUGAGUUAUAAGUGUGUGUAGGUGGGUGACCUAGAUGGUGCCCAAUGUGAGUGAGUGCUAAAGUGGGCGAUGGUUGCUUUUAACUCUCUCAUCUUGGCGAUGUCCCCGUCUGACGAGUGCCUUGACUUGGCGACAAACCUAUUUGGCAAAGCAGUGGUCUUUAGUGAGGGUAUCCUUAAACUUGGCGAGGACCCCUUUUACUAAGUGGUGAGGGUCUCUAUUAGCAAGGUGGUGAGGACCCCUUUUAGUUGGGCUUGAGUUAUAUCUUUUUGGCAUGUCAUUUUCCACAUCAUCUGCCACGUCAAAAUACUAAAAAUUGGUAUAACAUUUUCCUCCCAAGUUAGACUUCAUGUGAGCACAAGGCUGACUUACAAUAGUGAUGAGGGAUGCUUGGGCCUCACUUGUUAAUAGAUACUUAGUCCAGAGAGGUAUACUCGGGCUUCACCUAGUAAUAGACACUUAUAUAUUUUUUUUUGAAAUUUUCACACUUGGUAGAGCACCAAUUUUCGAGCUGUUGGGCCCAAUGAGCCUAUUAGGGCAUUGCCCCUUUGGUUCCACUUAAUGAGUGGCGAAAUACAUUUCUCAUAAGCUCCUUACCUGUAGCCUCCCUCUCUAAGCCCUACACAUUGACAAUCAUCAUUUUGGUGCAAUCUUGGUCUCUACGCCCUUCUUUCAUUAGGAUUUUUGGUCAGGAUUCGGCUCAGUGGGUUUCCAACUUUAUUUCCCACACACGGUACACCGAAGUUGAUGCAUUGAGAUUUUGAUGCUCUGUCAUUGAUUCAUCGUGCUCGAUGUUUUCUUUUUAUAAAAAUCCAUCAUUCUCCUUCACAACCACUACACUAAAGACAACGUCGAAGACCUCCAGCCCCAGUUUUGAUAGUUUCAGCCACUCCUUCUUGGUUUAAUAAGCUUUCAAUUCUUCAAUCUUGUGUCUCCGUAGUUGUUUAUUCAUUUUGUAGAGUGAAUCAUCAUAAAAUUUUAUGAUGUUUGGACCAUAGUAUCGAUUGAGGGGCCUUGUAAUUUCUUGUUGGGUCUUUUAUAUUUUUUCUUGGGACUUUGCGAGUUAGGUGAGUGAAUCGACAUAAAAUUGGGGCAAAAGACUCUAUUAAAAGCUUUGUGAACAUUUUUUAAUCAAUUUUAGGAUUUUCAUUUUUUUUAAUUAUCCUUCAGCGAGGAAGGGUCCUCGAUAGGAUGGUUGUUGGAAAUAGCGAGGGAGCACCUCGAUGGGAUUGCUAUUGGGAAUUGCACUACAAGAAAAGGAAUCUACAACAACAACAUCUAUUGUGAUGACACUAAAGUCGUCGUUGUAUGCAGUCGAAAUCCACGAAAAAUUCAUUUUUUAAUUUAUUAAAAUAAAUAAGCAAUAGCGACAAUAUGUCAUCGCUAUAAGGUCGUCAACAACACACGACCAGAUCCUCCAAAUUCCUGGUACGCUACAGUGACGACAUGUCGUCGCUGUAGGGUACCAUGAAUUUGGAGUGAACAAGAGGCGGGAAUUGACUCUACGGAGAUGACAUGUCGUUGCUAUAAGGUAUGGAGGGAACUUGAAUGCCAAAAGUUGGUUGUUAAUUUUCACUCCCUAUAGUGACGACAUGUCGUCGCUAUAGAGACCCAUUUAAUUGAGUGAGCAGUUAAAUUUUUGGUCUAUAGCAACAACAUGUCGUCGCUAUAGGGUCCCAAAAAAAUGGAGGGAAAGUGGAUCGCCAAAAAUUUAAGUCAAAAUUUCACUUCCUAUAGCGACGACAUGUCAUCGCUAUAGGUUGGACACGUAGUAAACGAACUCUUCAUGUACUAUUUUCGUAUCUAUAGCAACGACAUGUCGUUGCUAUAGGAUCAGGGCAUAAAUCCCCCAACCGAGCCUUCUUUUUUAGUUUUUUCUCUUUUCUCUGCAAAACCAGAGACAGUACACCGCCAUUUCGCUGCCCCUCGUCGAUCCAACUCCCCCAGUCUGAUUUGGGCCCAUUUCUUCCAAGUUUAGAUUGGAGUAGUGGAGCAUCACCCUUAGCCAAAGAUGUCUUAUGAUAACCCCUGAGCCUUGGGUAUUGUUUUAUUUUUUAUGAUUGAUUAAUGUUUAAAUUAUGUUUUUAAGUGUGUGAUUGGUUUGUUUAUAUAGUGUUGAAUUUUGUUUUUCAUUUUAGAUUUGUAUAUUUUAGACAAUGUUAAAUAUGUUAAUUUAAUUUAAUAUUUUUAUGUUAAUUGUGUGACUGAUGAAUAUGUUAAUUGUGUAAUUGGGUAUUGUAGAUAAUAUUGAAUAUGUUAAUAUGUUGGUUGUGUAAUAGAUUAUUUUAGAUAUAUAGGGUUGAAUAUGUUAAUUUAAUUUAAUUUAAUUUAAUUAAAUAUUAUUUUAGAUAUUAGUUUAAUAUGUUUAUUUAUACAAAUGUGAAUGUGAAUUGUAUUUUUAAAUUUUAUGAUAGGUUAUAUUAAUAUAAUUAGAUGUUUAUAAUUAGUAUAUGUAUGUUCUGGGACUGGUUUGUAGUUUUUAUGUAGAUUUUAAAUUUUGGGAUAUGUUAUAUUAUAGUCGUUAUGCUACCGAAAUUUUAGUAGAUUUAGAAAUAUUAUACAAAAUGUGAAUAGUCAUCAUGCCCUUUUUUCUAAAUCAACAUAAAAUGUGAGCUUUAAAGCUCAAAAUGGAAGGGUCCAAGGCCCAAAGUGCACACAAAGUGGGCUGGAAGGAGGCUAGUGGCAGCUGGAGCUUUGACCCAGCCGUAGCCAAUGGGAGCACACCAUGUGUGCGACUGUCAGCAGGGAAAAGAAGCAGCAGGUGGUUCGGGUUGCGUGCGCGAGUUAGGGGGUCCGGGUCGCAGGUCUGGCUAGAUUGCAGGCAGACGCAUGGCGCGAGCUGGAGGCAGCAGCUGGGCAUCUUGGGCGAUGUGUGGCGAGCUGCCAAAGCACCAAGUGGUGCUGGGACCCGCGAGGAAGAGAAAAGGCCUGGGCUACUUUAACUCUGAAAAAUGCCAUUGUUUUCUUCAUUUCUUCAAUUUUAUUUAUUUAUUUA